AAAGCUUUGAUUGUGGUUGCUGUUGUCCACUUGUCAUUCAAUCAAAAUCUUAAAUUAAUAUAUAAUAUAAAUAUUAUAUACCUCUAUAAAUAAGUAAUAAUAUUAUUAAAUUAUUUAUCAAUAUGCCGAAAAGAAAGAAUAACGCUUUACUUGAUUCUGAUAGUAGUGAAAGUGGCUCAGAUAGUGGAUCAGACCUUGACAAUGAUAUAUCAAUGGCAAGAAAAAAAAGAGCAAGAAGUCAGGAUGAUUCACAAACUGAUGAUAGUCCAGUUAAAAAAGAAUCAAAACAAGUUGAUUCAGAUACAUCUGAUUCAGAUGAUGAUUGGAAUGCAAAAUCUGGUAAACAAAAAAAGAAAAAAACAUCAGCAGCUAAAAGAAAUAAAAGAAAAGUAACAAGAUCAAGUUCAGAUGACAGUGAUAGUGAUGAUGAACCAGCAAAAGUAUCUGAACCAGAAGAAGGUGAAGUAUCAGAUUCUGAUGGUAGUGUAUCAGAUUCAGAUGAAGAAGAAUUUAAUGAUGGUUUUGAUGAUAAAUUAAUGGGUGAUGCUGAUGAUCGUGCACGUCUUAAUAAAAUGACUGAAAAAGAACGUGAACAAGAAAUAUUUAAACGUAUUGAACAACGUGAACAAAUGAAAAUACGUUUUGAAAUUGAAAAAAAAUUACGUAUGGCUAAAAAACAAGAAAUGCGUAAACAAAAAGAAUUAAAAAAAAAAGAACGUACUAAUAAUGAUGAUAAUAAUAAAAAAAUUGAACGUGCACCAGAUUUAAAAGAACGUAGUAAAGAUCGUAAAAAAACAAUUGAAGAAAAACAAGAUAAAAAAUCAAAUGCAAUGGCAUUAUUAAAAGCAAGAAGAGAAGAAAAAAAAGAAAGAGAAGAAAAAGAAAAACAAAAAAUUGAACAAAAAACAACAACAAAAGAUGACGAUGAUGAUGAUGAUGACAAUGACGACAAUGACAAUGACAAUAAAACAAAAUUAAAUGCAUCAAAUAUAUAUUCAGAUGAUAGUUCAUCAUCAUCUGAUGAUGAUGAACGUCAUCCAAAUAAAACAUCAUCAUCAACAACAGCCACAACAACAACAACAAAUUCACGUCAAAAUAAUAAAUCAUCAUCAUCAUCUGAUGAUCGUGAUAGUGAUUCAGAUAAUGAUAAAAAAUCAAUAUCAAGUCCAAAAAAUAAAAUGAAUAAACCAUUGUAUAUUAAUACAAAAGAUGAUUUAAAUAAAAUACGUUUAUCACGUCAUAAAAUGGAAAGAUUAGUACAUUUACCAUUUUUUAAUCGUGUUGUACAAGGUUGUUAUGUUAGAAUUGGUAUUGGUAAUAAUAAUGGUAAACCAGUUUAUCGUGUUGCUGAAAUAUCUGGUGUAUGUGAAACAGCUAAAAUAUAUCAACUUGGUAGUACACGUACAAAUAAAGGUUUAAAACUACGUCAUGGUGCACAAGAACGUAUAUUUCGUUUAGAAUUUGUAUCAAAUCAAGAAUUUACUGAUUCUGAAUUUAUAAAAUGGCGUGAAACAUGUGCGUUACAAGGUAUAUCAAUGCCAACAUUUGAUGAAAUAAAUACUAAAUUAAAAGAAAUAAAAGAAGCCAUGGUUUAUGAAUUUAAAGAAGAAGAUAUUGAAAAAAUUGUUAAAGAAAAAGAAAGAUUUAAAGCUGGACCAUUUAAUUAUGCUAUGAAAAAAGCAACAUUAAUGAGAGAAAGAGAAGCAGCAAAUCAUCGUGGUGAUGAUGAAACAGCAUCAAAGUUAACAACUGAAAUUGGAGAAUUAGAAGAAAAAGCAUCAUCAUUAGAUAAAGCAAGAACAUCAACAAUAUCAAGUAUAUCAUAUAUCAAUGAUAGAAAUAGAAAAAGAAAUGUUGAAGAAGCUGAAAAAGCUAUUAUGGAAGAAUAUCAAGCAUCAAAAGGUAAAACAAUUGAUGAUCCAUUUACAAGAAGAAGUACUAAACCACGUAUGGGUUUUUCAUCUAAAAAUGAAGUUGAUGCUGUUGUUGAUGUUGUACCAUCUAUUAUUGAAAAACCCAUACCAACAAAUGACACAAUUAAUAUUUUAAAUGACAAAGAAAAUGGUAAAGAAAUUAAAAAAAAACAAAAUACCGAGGAUCUAUUUAAUGCUCAUGAUUUUGAUAUUACUAUUGAUUUGGAAGUGCCAAUGCCAAGUAAUCCAGUUAGUGUACUGCCAAAACCAGUUAGCAAUGUCAAAGACACUGGUCCACGUCGUUCAUUGAAUCUUGAAGAUUACAAGAAAAAACGUGGACUCAUAUAACACGACACUUUUUAUCAAUUAUUUUCAAUGAUAUUUAUUAUUUUCGUAUAUAAUCUAUAUAUUAAAAAUAGAUAUAAAUAAUUUUUGCAAUUAAUAUUUUGCAUGACGCACUGAUGUUUGUUGUAAAAAAAAAAAACAGGUGUAUUUAAAUUAAUAACGAGAUUAAACAAGUUAAUUUUUAGUAAUAAAAUUAAACACUUAAAUCAUCAUCAUCAUCAUGGUUUAAUCAUUCGUUUUCUUUUUGCCAAGAUACUAGUGUGUAUAUAUUAUUAUUAUUAUUAAAAGUCAGUGUAAAUUAUAUUGACAAUAAUAAUUAUUCAAGUCUUUCAGAAAUUAAUUUUAAAAAUUAACAAUCUUGACGAAUUUAUUGUUGACACUUUUUGAUUAUUUUCGUUUUUUUUUUUUUUUUUUGAAUUAUAAAUAAUUAAUAUAAAUAUUAUCUAGAAAUAAUAAUAGUUGUUAAAUAUAACGAGUAACUAAUUUGACUAGAUUGUUUUAAAUAAAAAAAAAAUGAUUGAAAACCAGUGUACGACAGCAGCCACAGG